AUGAACGACUCCGAAUUCUCCUGUUGCAAAUUUCACAUAAAGGGUGAGUUGACCGGGGCGGGUUAUGUAACGUCUGUAUUCCACCCGAUCGGAGACUGGAUCACAUCCAGCGAGAGCAGAAUCGCAAACUCCGGUUUCUUCAACCAAAUCGAAAGGGUAGACCAAAUGAAAAUCCUUAUCAGUGGUGGAUCGGGGUUACUCGGACGGGCCGUCGUUGAUCUAUUCAGACACAAAGGGGACGAGCCUCAUCAUCAAGUCACCUCACUCUCCUUCACUCGAUCGGGACCAGGAUUACAAAAGGUCGAUCUUCGCGAUGAACAACUGGUCUCAACCCUGGUACAUGAUCUCAAGCCGGAUGUCAUGAUACACUGUGCGGCUGAAAGACGACCGGACGUGGCUGAGAGAGACCCGGAAGGAACUCAAAAGUUGAACGUCAGAGUCACCGAGCAUCUGGCCGAGCUAUCCAACCAAGUUGGCUUCAAAUUGAUCUACAUCUGCACAGACUAUGUUUUUGAUGGUAAUGCUCCCCCGGGUGGAUACGAUGUCGAAGCAACUCCCAAUCCAACAAAUUUAUACGGCAAGACCAAGCUGGCAGGCGAACAGGCAUUGCUUAGGACGGUGACCAAAAAGGGCAACGCGGUGUCCCUCCGUGUCCCUGUGUUAUACGGGAAAGCUGAAGGCAACAACGAGUCAGCUAUCAAUGUCCUGCUCGAUGGGGUCAACAAGGCUGCAAAGGGUCAGAAAGUGUUAAUGGACGAUUGGGCGACUCGGUUCCCUACUCUUGUUGACGACGUGGCCAAAGUAUUGGUAGCAAUAGCUGAAUACAAAGACCCACUCCCGCCGAUCUUGCAUUUCUCCUCCGAGCAACAAUACACCAAGUACACAAUCUCCCUAGUAUUUGCCAAGCUUCUUAAGCUGAGCGAAUCCGAGACCAAGAACCUGGUCCCCCAACCCGAUCCUCCCAAGCCGGCCCAAGGGGAAACGAUGAGGCCGCGAGACUGUCGCUUGAGCAACCAGGCCCUGGUUAGCCUCGGCAUCUGCGUCCAGCAAGCCGAUUUCGUGGACUGGUGGACGGCUUAUUUGAAUAGUCAAUGA